AUGCACAUGAUGCCACCAGCUCCACCACCUGAUUCCACAAAAGAAAUCAGAAUGAAUCUUAAAGACCUCCAAGCACCAUCUGGUGGCAGUGACACUGGUGGUGGUGGAUGUUCUGUAAAGAAGAGAGGAGCAAGAGCCACAGUGAGUGCUACUCCAAAACAACCAAGAGCUAAGAAACUAAAGAAAGCAACUUCUAUACCAAAAAAACAGGGAAUCAAAGGUCAAAAUCAAUCAAGAGGAAUAUGGAUUCCAAUAUUUGUUUGUUCAUGUACAGGGGUCACACAACAUUGUUACAAAUGGGGUGUAGGUGGGUGGCAAUCAACUUGUUGCACCACCUCCAUAUCUAUGUAUCCACUACCAGUGAACACAAAACGCAAGGGUGCUAGAAUUGCAGGGAGGAAGAUGAGUCAAGGGGCAUUCAAGACAGUGUUAGAGAAACUUGGAUCUGAAAGCUAUAACUUUGCUAAUACAAUUGACCUAAGGGCACAUUGGGUAAAAGAUAGCACACACAAGUUUGUCACUAUCAGGUAA